GAACUAUUAGAAUUGAUCAAAAUCAUAGAAAGCCACAGAACGUGUGAUAUAAUUUAACUGAAUCGAGAGAUUUACUGUGCGAACAAUUCGCGUUAUUUCUGUUUAUAUCAUUAAUAGAUUUUCUAACUCGUCAUGAAUCGAACUUAUUCAACGUUACUUUCUUUGCAUGACGUAAGGUUAUAAAUAAAUAACACAAAGUGUUGGAUUGAUUCGUUGAAAGCAUAUUAUCGACACGAAGUACAAACACGGGAAUUUGACGUUUUGUUAAGAAAUGGCUAGUACAGCAACUACAACUGUAGAAAAUCAUUCUAACAAGAAUGGAGACAACGCGGAAAUGGAGAGACAGCUCAAAGAGAGAGCUGAGAAAAAUCGUCAAAAAGCACUUCUGUUAAAAAAAUCUAAGAUUGUAACUCAUCCAUAUGCAAAAGAAAGCAGUGACUCCACAAAAGGAAGAAUGAUAAAAGUUCAAGGAAAGCGCGUGAUUGAUAGCGGUGGAGGUUUCCUGAUAGAAGAAAAUGAUGAAUUAGAACAGCAAAUGUUGAAGAUUGUAACUGAACCCGAUCCAAUUAUUGGUAAAUUUUCUAAGUGUGAGGAGUGUCAGCAAGAAUUUGAAGAUUCGUAUCUUUUGCGAACGUUUGAUCUGACUGUUUGUGAUAAGUGCAGAGAUAAAGAGGGAAAGCAUUCCUUAAUUACCAAAACUGAAGCCAAACAAGAAUAUCUGUUGAAAGAUUGCGAUCUCGAUCGGCGGGAACCCCCUCUAAAGUUUAUUGUGCGAAAGAAUCCUCACAAUGCAAAUUGGGGCGAGAUGAAGUUAUAUCUGCAUCUACAGAUAGAACAGAGAGCUUUGGAAGUUUGGGGUUCAGAGGAAAAACUGUUGAAGGAGAAAGAAGCGCGCGAUAUGAAGCGGGAGGGAACUAAAAUUAAGAAAUUCAAUAAAAAGAUCAAACAGUUGCGAAUGCAAGUGAGAAGUUCAUUAUAUGAUAAAACUACCAAAGCGUCACACGUUCACGAGUUUGGAGAAGACACGUACAACGAAGAGGAUGAUACGUAUUCGCAUACUUGCACAACAUGCGGUUAUGAGGACACAUAUGAAAAAAUGUAAAUGCCCGAAUAUUAUUCGCAAUAUAGCACGACUCAAUGCAUA